CCUCCGUCUCGUCGCUCUGCGGGGCCCAGCGAUGCACCGCACCUCGCACUCGUCGCCGCUCAUGCUCGCCUGAAGCACGCCACACCAUCCUCGCCGCUGCGGCCGUGUGCCUGCCGCCAUGCCGCGCGUCCGCGUGCUUGCGCGCCGCCGUCUCGGGCCGUACGACGGGCUGCGUCUGCGCCUCGCCGACCUCGACAGGCCGGGCGGCGCAGAAGCGCCGCAGCCGCUCGAGGGCAAGGAGAGACCUUUCGCAGCGGUGCAAGGAGAACAGCGGCAGACGAGCAGCCGGGACAGCAGUGUCGAGCAGACACAGCAUGCCGCGUCGCCUGCGCCGCUCGACGACGAUGUCUUCUCUUUCUCGUACUGCGCCUCCUCGCCAUGUGCCGAGCCCGGCCGCUUGGAGCCAGUGGCACCAGCACAGCCGUCCUCGGAUACUCUUCGGCCUCGCUCGCCCUCGCCUGCCGCAGCGAUCCCGACGCAGCCUGCAGCCAUCGACAGCGCAGCCGACGCGCAUUCAUCCGGCUCCUCGUGGUCGUCUGCCUCGUCGUCGUAUCUCUCCUCGGCACCCAGCACGCCUCGCUCUGCGCUGUCUGAGCACUCUCUGCACAGUGCGCAGUCGUCGCGCUCCGUGCCCUCGCGCUCCACUACGCCGACGCCGCUCUCGGACCACAACAUGCUCGACGCCUUGCUUGGCAGCAUCGAGUCUUCCGAGCGCAUCAACUCGCGUGUGCACAAGGGACGAGCAGCAGCAUCGCGCCCGCUGCGUUCGCGUUCUGGCACAGACAAUGAGCUGGACGCGGACGACCUGCUCGACGAUAUAACCCACGGCCGCUACGCCGAGCCAGCGACGCGCGCGUGCUCAAGUGCGCCCGAGGCACCACCAGCACCAUCGCGAGCGCAGCGCUCUAGUCUCAGCUCUGAUCAGCCGCUGGCGUGGCAGCGCCAGCCCGCGCGCUCCACCACUGCUACCGUUGCAGCCGCAAGCAUCCAGUCGUCGCCUCUUCCUCGCAUGCAACCCAUCGCCGCCCCACGGUGCUUCCCGAGCGCCACUGCAGCGACUACGGCCGGGAGCGCACUGCACCGCCUGCCCUCGCUCGUCGCCAAUGCACAGCGCCGCACACUGGCGGGCAGCGAAGCGCUGCAGGUGCGCAUGCGUGCGCUGCUCGACGCCCUGCCGCCCGCUCCGAGGCCGCCCCUGCCAGCUGCGAACGCCUCACGGCCCCGGUCGGCAGCGACUUCAGGGCCCAGGCGCAGCACUGGUGGUCGUUUCCUUUCGGCAGCCGCGAAGCGGCGCGGCGGCUGAGACUGCAUGCGUCCAGUGCACAUGCUGUGCUCCUCCGCAGCCGGCGUUGGCCGUUUCGCUUGUGCAGCGCCAGCAUCUCGACUUGUCCUCUCGCCCCCUCUCGCCCGCUCUGUGGCCUCUGACCCGUCAAGCUGGCCGUCUUCCGUGUCUCGUCUUCGCCCUGGUCACCUGUAGUUACCUUUUCAUCUGUACUCUCAAGCAUGCAGU